CAAAAAUUCAGGAUGUUAAUGAAUCUGUAUUAAUCCGAGUUUGCUCAAUUCAUCGACCGUCAAUGGAUUGGAAAUAUGACAACUAUCUUAUAGCUGCUCAAGUUUAUCACGGAACAAGACCAGUUGGACAUCCCCUGUUGACUCAGCCAAGUGAAAUAAGCCAAAGUUUAUAUUCUAGAAUAUUGUUUAAUUGCUGGCUGGACUUAGAAGACGUCCUUAUAAACACAUUAGCAAGGGAAGCACGACUUGUGCUAGUAAUAUAUGGAAGAAAGCUCCAGAAUGAUGAAGAUAAAGACAGCUCUAGUGCUCCUCAAUACAAACAAGAAGAACUUGGGUGGGCUUCUGUUCAACUUUUUGAUUAUAAAGGUAUCAUGACGCAAGGGGGCAUGCUACUUUCUAUAUGGCCAAAAGAAUGCAAUUAUAUAUACGGUCCAGCACCUACCCCAGGAAGCCAUCCUUUUUCUGACCAUGCAGUUCUUGCAGUUGAAAUCGCAGCUCCCAAGGUUGCAUUUCCCCCUACAAAUUCGUUCAUUACCUCAAAAGAAUUCAUUACUAAAGGAAAUUUUAACAGCUUAGAUUCACAAACCCAAGAGCAACUCUUGGAAAUUUCAGCGCAAGAUAUGCUUUGCAGGUUACCACCAGAUAUUAGAGAGGUGUUAUGGGAAAAACGACAUUAUUUAUAUAAAAUUCCCGAAGCCUUACCAAAAGUACUUUUAGCUGCUCAUAGUUGGGCACCUGCAUGUCUCAAAGAUCUUUAUGGAAUGUUGUAUUCUUGGAAACAGCUGUCACCUGUUCAGGCCAUUCAGUUGUUAUUGCCAACAUUUCCAGAUAUAGAAGUACGCAAAUUGGCUGUGAGAUGGCUUCAUGGCAUUCGAACGGAUGAGUUGGUAGAUUUUUUACCACAGUUAGUAGUAGCUUUACGGCAUGAAACUUAUGAGAACAAUGCCCUUGCUCAUUUCCUUUUAGAUCGUUCUUUACGAUCGCCACGAAUUGCUCAUCAUUUGUUUUGGCUAUUAAGCCAUACGCUACCAGGGUCUACACCACAAAACGGCAAUUUAACGAUAGAACCGGACGGAAUUGGUGAUGCAAGAUAUUUUCGACGUAUGCUGCUUAUGUUAAGAUCUCUUUUUGCGAUAUGUGGCGAAGCUCUGAGAAGUUGCUUCUUUUCACAGCAAAUAUUGGUGAAGGUAGGAUAUAGCUAUUAAGGCAUUUGGUUAACAAUUUGUAAUAUAAAACGUGUAGAGUGGAAACAUAAUUUUUGGAUAAUUGCAGUUCUUAGCUUUAUUAAAUACAAAACUUUUUAAUUAUAUGGGGGCUAUGAGGUUUAACCCGCUCGAUUUAAAUAAAUAAAUAAAUGCAGAAACAAACAAAUAAAAUAAAGUAACAUAUUGUACUGAACAACGCAGAAAUUUAUAUUGCAUAAUGUAGCUUAAAUUACGAAAAAAAUAUAUGCAUUAUAUUAAAAGAAAAUUUAAUA